AUGCGUGGGGUUUGCGGGGACGCCCUCUCAGGGGCGGCUGGGGGCUGCGCAUCUUCCACACUCAGGAGACAGGAUAGAGAUUCCUUCUGCCAUCAGAUGUCAUUCUGCUUGACUGAACUACACCUGUGGUCUUUGAAGAAUACCUUACACAUUGGCGAUAGAGACAUUGGGAUCUACCAGUAUUAUGACAAGAAAGAGCCAUCAGCAACAGAUCAUGGUAACUUAGAAGAAAAGCAGAGACUGGCAGAAUCACGAGAUUUUCCAUGGACGCUCAAAAACAGACGCCCAGAAAAACUUCGAGACUCACUCAAGGAGUUGGAGGAGCUGAUGCAAAACAGUCAGUGUGUGCUGAGCAAAUGGAAGAACAAAUACGUCUGUCAGCUCCUGUUUGGUUCAGGUGUGCUGGCGUCCCUAAGCCUUUCCGGGCCGCAGCUGGAGAAAGUGGUGAUUGAUAGAAGCCUGGUGGGGAAGCUCAUCUCAGACACCGUCAGCGAUGCUCUUCUCACAGACGGCUUCAUCAUCCUAUCGUUUUUGGCACAAAACAAGCUGUGUUUUAUUCAGUUUGCCAAGAAGAUGAGCUCUCCUGAUACAAACAGAAGGCUGGAAAAGCUCUCAGCCUUGGACUAUAAGAUUUCCUAUUAUGAAAUCCCUGGCCCAGUAAAUAGGACAACACAGCGUCGUCUCGCUAUCAGUUGUGUUCAAGACACAAUUGUUUGCUGGUGGCCACUGGUCAGUGAUGAUGCUUGGCCUUGGACCCCGAUUUCUUCUGAGAAGGACAGAGCCAAUCUGUUGCUCCUGAGUUAUGCUCAAGGAACGCUGGAGGUUCUGAGUUCUGUACGCACAGAAUGGGACCCACUGGAUGUUCGCUUUGACACCAAACAUCCUAAUCAGGUGUUGACAGUGGAGUGCUCCAUCAGUGUAGACAGAGAGCCCGCGGCUGACAGCUGCGUCUAUGAAUGUGUUCGGAACAAAAUCCAGUGUGUAUCAGUCACCAGAAUACCACUAAAAUCAAAGGCCAUUAGUUGUUGCAGGAAUGCUACUGAAGACAAACUGAUUCUGGGCUGUGAAGAUUCUUCAGUAAUUCUUUAUGAAACUCACCGUAGAGUGACUCUCUUAGCUCAGGCUGAACUUCUGCCUUCAUUAAUAAGCUGCCACCCAAGUGGGGCCAUUCUCCUAGUUGGCAGUAACCAAGGGGAGCUGCAAAUAUUUGAUAUGGCUCUUUCUCCUAUUAACAUCCAGCUUUUGGCUGAAGACAACUCACCUAGGGAGACUCUACAAUUCAAAAAAUUCUUUGAUGUUUCUAGCAGUCUUGUUCAAAUGCAGUGGAUAGCGCCUCAGGUUGUUUCUAAGAAGCCUGAAAGUGGGGACAUCUAUAAUCUCCUCUUCCUCAGGUUUGACAGAGGACCUUUGGGUGUACUUCUGUUUAAACUUGGUAUCUUCACACAAGGACACCUGGGUCUGGUAGACAUCAUCUUCCAGUAUGUUCACUGUGAUGAGAUCUAUGAGGCAAUAAACAUCCUGAGUAGUAUGAACUGGGACACUCUGGGCUAUGAGUGCUUUAUCAGCAUGUGUGCCAUUGUAAACCAUCUUCUUAGACAAAAGCUCACACCAGAGAGAGAAGCACAGCUUGAGGCAAGCCUUGGAACCUUCUAUGCUCCAACAAGACCACUCCUGGAUACGACUGUAUUAGAAUACAGAGACCAAAUCAGCAAAUAUGCAAGGAGAUUCUUCCACCACUUGCUCAGGUACCAAAGAUUUGAAAAGGCAUUUCUGUUAGCUGUUGACAUUGGUGCUCGUGACCUGUUUAUGGACAUCCAUUACCUUGCACUAGAUAAGGGAGAACUAGCACUAGCUGAAGUGGCAAGAAGGAGAGCUAGUGAUAUUGAUGCAGAAUCAAUAACCUCUGGAGUUGGAGACUGGAGCAGAUAUGUGGAACAGAAGCACCAUUGAGAAAGAAAGAAAAGAGUGGCUCCUGAAGUUACUUAAGAGAGACUACAAACCAACAACAAUAAAACAAAACUAAUAACCAAAUUAUAGUGGUCCUUGUCUACUAAUGGCCUAUACCUGGAUAUCCUGUAAACUGUUUUUUUUUAUCCUCUACCUAUUCUCUUGUUUUCCAUUGGUAUGAUAUUAUCUCUUAGCAUUGCCAGUUAUUUUUACUGAAUUCUAAUUAUUGAAUUAAAAAAUUAUACAUGUAUCAAUGGUGUUAUAUUCCUCCAGAGAAGAUUUUCCUUUUCCUGUGCUGGGCAAGAAGAAUGAGGGAUGACAACUUUAAUCCAGUCAGUAAAUGUGCUAAAUUGAUGCUGGGUUGUAAUUUUAGUAAAAUUCAGCCUACCUCUGACCUUCCUCUAUACCUACGUGUGUGUGUACAUACAUACAUACACAAAGACACAUAUAAUAAUGUUAUAUAUAUUGUAUAUGAUACAAUUUGUGGCAAGUGAAAAAGAUAAAAUUAAAAAAUUUUAUCCAGAUUUUUAUUUCUUCUCAGAUGGAAUUCUCAUGCGAUGCAAACUCUUCCACUCUACUUAAUAUUGUCUUAUCUUUCAAGUACAUCUUGAAUUUUAUUGGAUAUUAGUGUACUUACAAUAUUGCGUUAAUUUCAGGUAUACAGCAAAGUGGUUCAGUUACACAUACAUUCCGUUUUUUCAGAUUCUUUUCUCAUAUAGGUUAUUAUAGAAUAUUAAGUACAGUUCCACAUGCUAUACAGUAGAUCCUGGUUAUCUGUUUCCCAAGAUCCUAGUUUAUCCCUCCCCGCAACUUUUUCCUUUGAUAGCUGUAAGUUUGUUUUUGAAAUCUGUGUGAGUGUGGUUUUCUUUUUUUUAAAUCAGCUCAUUUAUAUCAUUUGUUUAAAUUCUACAUAUAAGUGAUAAUAUAUUUGUCUAUCUCUAUCUGACUUCACUUUACUUCGUAUAAUAAUUUAUAGAUCCAUCUAUGUUCCUGCAAAUGACAUUAUUUCAUUCUUUUUUAUGGCUGAGUAGUAUUACAGUGAUAUUUUUACUAAUUCUUCCUUAUCCACUCCUCUGCCUAUGGACAUUUAGGGUGCAUUCAUGUCUUGGCUGUUGUAAACAGUGCUUCUGUGAACACUGGGGUGCAUGUAUCUUUUCAAAUUAUAGUUUUCUCUGGAUAUAUAUAUGCCCAGGAAUGGGAUUCUUGGAUCAUAUAGUAGUUCUAUUGUUUAGUUUUUUUAGGGAACCUCCAUAGUGGUUGUACCAAUUUACACUUCCACUAAUAGUGUAGGUGGGUUCAGUUUUCUACACACCCUCUUCAGCAUUUGUUUCUAGACUUUUUCAUGAUGGCCAUUCUAACCAGUAUGAGGUGAUGAUACUUCAUUGCAAUUCAGAUUUGCACUUCUCUAAUAAUUAGUGAUGUUGAGCAUCUUUUCAUGUACUUUUUGGCCAUUUCUUUGGAAAAAUGUCUAUUUAGAUCUUUUGCCCAUUUUUUGAUUGGGUUUUAUUUUUUUUCCUUUUUCUUUUUUUGACAUACAGCUAGCUGCAUGAGCUAUUUGUAUAUUUUGGAGAUUAAUCCCUUGUUGGUCACUUCAUUUGCAAAUAUUUUCUCCUAUGCUGUGAGUUGUCUCUGCAUUUUAUUGAUGGUUUCCUUUGCUGUGCAAAGCUCUUAAGUUGAAUCACAUCUUUGUUUUUGAUAAUUACAAAGAUAAUAACCAUUUACCUUUGUUUUUAUUUUCAUUGGUCUAGGAGAUGGAUUCAAAAAGAUAUUGCAGCAAUUUAUGUCAAACAGUGUUCUAUGUUUCCCUCUAAGAAUUUUAUAGUUUCUGGCCCUACAUUUAGGUCUUUGAUCCAUUUUGAGUUUUUUUGUGUAUGGUGCAUACACAAAAUUUCUUGUGUAUGGUGAUACACAAAAUUCUCAUUUCAUCCUUUUACAUUUAGCUGCCCAGUUUUCCCAGCACUGUUUGUUGUAGAGACUAUCUUUCCUCCAUUGUAUAGUCUUCUCUGUUGUACACUAGUUGACCACAGGUUCAUAGGUUUAUUUCUGGGCUUCCUCUCCUGUUCCAUUGAUCUAUUAUAUAUUUUUGUGCCAGUACCAUACUUUAUUGAUGACCAUAGCUUUGUCGGGUGCCAGGAAGCCUGAUUCCUCCGGCUCUGUUUUUCUUUCUCAGGAUUUUUUUUUGCUAUUUGGGUCUUUUCUGUAUCCAUAUGAAUUUCAAGAUUUUUUUGGUCCUAGUUCUGUGAAAAAUGCCAUUGGUAAUUUGAUAGCAAUUGCACUGAAUCUUUAGAUUGCCUUGGGUAGUAUAAUCAUUUUGACAAUAUUGAUUCUUCUAACCUAAGAACAUGGUUUAUCUCUCCAUCUGUUAGUAUCAUCUUUGAUUUCUUUCAUCAGUGUCUUAUAGUUUUUCACAGUACAGUUAUUUUGUCUCCCUAGGUAGUUUUAUUCCUAGGGAUUUUAUUCUUUUUUGAUGUGUUGGCAAAUGGGAUUAUUACCUUAAUUUCUCUUCCGAAUCUUUCAUUGCUAGUGUAAAGAAAUGCAAUAGAUUUCUGUGUGUUAAUUUUGUAACCUGCAACUUUACCCAGCUCACUGAUAAGCUCUAGUAGUUUUCUGGUAACAUCUUUAGGGUUUUCUAUAUACAGUAUCAUUUCAGCUACAAACAGUGACAAUUUUACUUCUUCUCUUCCCAUUUGGAUUCUUUUUUUCUCUGAUUGCCAUGACUAGGACUUCCAAAACUAUGCUGAAUCAAAGGGGCAAGCAUGGACAUCCUUAUCUUGUUCCUGAUCUUAGAGGAAAUGCUCUUAGUUUUUCAAUAUUGAGAAGGAUGUUAAUGGGGAUUUGUCACAUAUGGGCUCUAUUAUUUUGAGGUAGGUUCCCUCUAUGACCAGUUUCUGGAGUUUCUAGCUCACUUAUUCACUUCCACCUCAUUUUUUUUCUGCUAUUGAUUCCAAAUAUGACAAACCCAUAACUUAUAUCAUACUUACCACUAAGUGGGAAGUUUAACACUUUUCCUCUUAGAUGAGUAAUAAGACAAGGACACCCACCCUUGCUACUUUGAAUCAAUAGAGUAUUGGCUGUUUUAACAAGAGCAAUUAAGGAAGAAAAAGAAAUAAAAAACAUUUAAGUCAAAAAGGAAGAAGAAAAGCUGUCACUAUUUGCAGAUAAUAUAUACAGAAAACCCUAAAGACUCCCCACAAAGAACUAUUAAACAAAUUUAGUACACUCUCAGGAUACAAAAUCAAUUUUCAAAAAUCUGUUGCAUUCCUAUACACUAAUAUUGAACUAUCAGAAAGAAAAAUUAAGAGAACAAUCCUAUUUUCAAUUGCACCAUAAAGACUAGGAAUAAAUUUAGCCAACAAAGUGAAUGACCUGAACACUGAAAACUACAAAAUUGAAAAGAAAUUGAAGAAGACACAGUAAGUGGAAAGAUAAAUCGUGUUCAUGGAUUGGAAGAAUAUUGUUCACAUUUCCAUACUAUCAAAAGCAACCUACAGAUUCAAUGCAAUCCCCAUCAAAAUUCCAAUGGCAUUUUUCACAGAAAUCAAACCAACAAUCUUAAUUUGUACAGAAAUACAAAAGACCCAAAAUAGCCAAAACAGUCUUGGGGAAGAACAAAGCUGUAACGUCAAGCUUCCUCAUUACUGUAGUAAUCAAAACAAAGUGUGGUACAGGCAUUAAAAUAGACACAGAGACCCAUAACAUAGAAUGGAGGGUCCAGAAAUAAAUUCAUGCAAAUAUAGUCAACUAACUUACAACAAAGGAGCCAAGAAUACUCAAUGAGGAUAGAACAGACUCUUUAAUAAACGGCAUUAGGACUGUACAACUGUACAGCCAUGUGCAAAGGAAUUACUGAACCACUCUCUCAUAUUCAGCAUACAGAAAAUUAAUUCAAGAUGGAUCAAAGACUUGAAAAUAAGAUGUGAAGUCAUGAAACUUCUAGAAGAAAACAUAGGAAAGCUCCUUGACAUGUCUUGACAAUGAUAUUUUGGAUUUGACAUCAAAAGUAAAACAAGUAAGUAGGACUAAAGCAAAAUAACUGCGACCAUCAACGAAAUAAAAAAGCAACUAAUAGAGUGAGAGAAAAUAUUUGCAAAUCAUAUUUCUGAUAAGGGGUGAAUAUCCACAAUCUAUAUAAAGAACUCACACAACUAAACAGAAAAAAAUUGAACAAUCCAGUUUAAAGUGGGCAGAGGAUCUGAAUAGACAUUUUUCCAAAGAAAACAUAAAGAUUGACAAAAGGUACAUGAAAAAAUGCUCAUAAUUAAGGAUAUGCAAAUCAAAAAACAAUGGGAUAGCACUUCACACCUGUGAAAUGAUUGUUCUUAAAAGAAAUAACAUGUGUUUGUGAGGAUAUGGGGAAAGGGACCUUUAACCUUUGGUGUGAGUGUAAACCAGCACAGCCACUAUGGAAAACAGUAUGAAAUUUCUCAAAAAAUUAAAAAUGGAACUACCAUAUGAUCAAGCAAUUCCACUUCUAGGUCGUUUAUUUGAAGGAAACAAAGACACUCAAAAUGACAUCUGCACGUUCACAUUCACUGAAGCAUUAUUUGCAAUAGCCAAGACAUCAUGGGUAUACAGGUAUGCACAUGCACACACAACGUAAUGUUGUUAAGCCAGUAAAUGAAAAUGGAAAUCUUGCCAUUUGUCAUAACAUGGAAGGAUUUUGAGAGCAUCAUGCUAAGUGAAAUAAGUCAGAGAAAUACAAACACUGUAUGGUCUUACUAUACGUGGAGUCUAAGAAAAACCCAUGAAUACAGAGAGCAGAUCUGUAGUUACUAGAGGCAGAGGCUGGAUGAGAUGAAAUGAAGUUGCUGAAAAGGUACAAAGUUCUGGUUGUAAGAUAAUGUUCUGGUAAAGUAAUAUACAUCAUGGUGACUACACUUAACAGUACUGUAUUGCAUAUUCAUGUGUAUGGUGUCAGAAAGUGUUCUAGUUUCAUUCUUUUACAAGUGGUUGACCAGUUUUCCCAGCACCACUUGUUAAAGAGGUUGUCUUUUUUCCAUUGUAUAUCCUUGCCUCCUUUGUCAAAGAUAAGGUGUCCAUAGGUUCGUGGAUUUAUCUCUGGGCUUUCUAUUCUGUUCCAUUGAUCUAUAUUUCUGUCUUUGUGCCAGUACCAUACUGUCUUGAUGACUGUGGCUUUGUAGUAGAGUCUGAAGUCAGGCAGGUUGAUUCCUCCAGCUCCAUUCUUCUUUCUCAAGAUUACUUUGGCUAUUCGAGGUUUUUUGUAUUUCCAUACAAAUUGUGAAAUUCUUUGGUCUAGUAAAUACAAAAGUUCUCAUCACAGAAAAAAGAACUGUAACUGUGUAUGGUGAUGGAAACUAAUCUUAUAUAAUUUACACAUAUAUAUUUAUGAUAUAUC